AUGCAGGCGCAGCUGGCCGCGCAGGCGGAGGAGAAGCUGUCGCAGCAGCGGGUGAAGCCCCUGACGCUUAUCGGCGGGGGUGAGAAGCCUUACCUGCCGCCUUUGCCGCCGUCCUUGCACCGGGCGGACAUCCCCGCCAAGGACGUCGAGCAAAUUCAGUCCACGUACCACUGGAGGCCCUGCCAGAUCCGGGAGCACUGCUUCGCCGCGGAUGAGCCCGGGCGCACCUUGGGCACCUACGUGAACACCCUGAGCUUCAACCUCUCCCCGGCCAUGCUGCAGGCCGCGCGGCCUCUGCAGAUCCGCCUGGCCCCGGGGAACUUCACGGCCCAGGGCACCGUGUGGUGCUACAUCAUGGAGGACUCCUUCAUCCAGUGCAAGGGCGUGGUCAUCGGCACCUGCCCGAAGACCCACGACCCGGAGACCGGCAGGAACAUCCGCAUCUGCCGGCUGCCGGUGGAGGCCCGGCCCCGGCGGGCCCUGCAGUUUGCGGCCCUGUCCCGGGAGGCCUACGACGUGGGAGGCCACGUGAGCUACACCUCCAGCCGGGUGGCGCUGACGGUGACCCCUGACGGAUGGAUCUGCGGCCACUCCACCCGUGAGAUGGAGGGCGCCAUUGACUUGUCUUCGAUCCGCUUCUGCAAGACCGGGGGCCUUUCGCUCACCGACGAGGUGACGCUGCACACGGUGGACGUCAUGGGCUCGCGCUUGGUCUGCCUCCAGGGCCACCUCCACGAGUGCUUCUACGUGUCGGACUGCCGGCGGCCGCUGGCCAUGCUGCCGGAGAGCUGCCGGCCCAAGGAGGUGCUCCACUUCGUCACGGCGGGCUCGGGGCCGGGGGCCUUCCACCUGGUGCAGGUGCGGCCCAUGAAAGGCUCCGGCAUCGGCGGGGAUCUCAUGUGGAAGGACGGGGUGUGGAACCACGACCAGGUGCACAUGACCGGCAUCAUGUACGAGGUCCACGGGGACGCGCUGCAGUGCUCCUUCCUGGACGCCUCGUGGUCCCCAGAGAUCUUGCGGAUCUUCGUGGCGGAGUUCCAGAAGUUUCUGGUGGCCAAGUUCGGCAGCAUCGAGGAUGCCUGGGACGAAGCCUUCGACUUGGACUGCGUGGGCACGGUGAACUUCACCCAGUUCAGCAUGGGCUGCAAGAAGGCGGGCUACGUGGGCAAUGCCACGCGGCUUUGGGCGGCUUUGAACCAGGACCAGGGGGAGGACAUCAGCCUCGAGGAGUUUGCCAGGGACUCCCUGGACCCGGAGGCUGCGACGCCGAAGCUGGGCCCACCGGGCCGCGAGUCCCAGCGACCGUCGGUGUCGUUUAUGAUCCACGACUUGGACCCGUGA